UAACGUUUUGAUUAUUCAUAUCUUAUUUCAAAAAAAGGUGGGAAGUGAUAUAAAAAAUUAGGGUUUUAGAAAUUGGGAUUCUGUCAGAACAAGAAUCAAAAACCCUUUGUCAACCAAAAAGCAUUCUAUUGAAUUCCACUCCCACGACUAAAACGACGCAUAAAGCAACAAUCUUUUCUAUAACAGCUUCGAUAAUCGUCUCAAAGAACCGCUGAUCGUUUAAUUUCGGUCAGUAACAAGCCUUAUUUUCACAGAAUUCAUGUCUGAAACCAGGUCGACUGAAAUGGGCUGAUGGCAAAUGGGUUUUUUCCGACAUACAGGGUAGGCAAAAAGGUGGAAGUAACUCUAGAGGAAGAAAUUUUGCGUGACGUUUGGUUCCCUGCAACUGUCGUUGAAGAUCUAGGCAACAAUCGGUUCUUGGUUGAAUACAAAGAGCUUCAAAGAGUUAGUAUAGAUCAUCUUCACAUUCGCCCCUCGGCUCCUCAGUUUACAGUUACAAGUUUUGGUUUGUUAGAAAAAGUGGAUGCUUUUUAUGAUUUUGGGUGGUGGAGCGGAGUAAUUACGAAAAAACUCACUGACAGUAGAUACGUUGUGUAUUUUAAACAAACAAAUAAGGUUAAAGAAUUUAGUCAUCUGGAAUUAAGACCACAUGUGGAAUGGAAAGAUGACGGUUGGUUCACCACUCGUCAGCCUGCUAAGGAAGACAAAAGUGUUGAUUUGAAGCCUCCUAUGAUUACUUCUGCAAGAAAGAAAGGGAAAUUAUCAGCUGAUUCUAGAGGCCCGAAAGCUUUACAUAACACUGCAGGUGAUUUGACCCUAACAACAACAACUCCAAACACUGUUAAGGGAAAACCUGUUACCGAAAAUACUCCUUCACCUGUUGUUAUAGGUUUGCAAUGUAAGGCACUGACGGCUUCGCAAACCAAAACAUCAAAGCGGUUGAUUUCCAAAAGUCCUCAAAAUGUGGAUGAACCCGAGGCACCUCAAUCAAGUCUUCUAUUGGCAUCUAAGAUAGUUGACGUUCAGGAUAAGGAAACCGACGGCAACUCGUCAACAAUAAGAAAGUGGGGAAAGACAUUCAGAAGGCAACCCACAAACCGCAAGACUUCCGUGGCUUUAAGUAAUCAAAAUGGAGAUGCCAGUGUUAAAAAGCAAAAGGAAAAGUCCAAUACACCGGCGAAAGGAAAACGAGGAAGAAAUAUCAUUAGUUUAAACAUUGAGUCUUCACCACAAGUUUCUGUAGAUCUUCACGAUUCUUCUGCACAAAUAGUAUUAGUUAAUGGAACUUCUGAUAUUGUUGAGAAAACACUCGAUUUAGUGUCUGAAAAUCAAUCUCUUUCAAGGUUGUUUCUAGCUUCUCUCGAGUCCGCAGGUAAAGAACCAUCUGGGAAUUCUAAUAUUCCACUCUCCAUCACAAACGGCGAUGAUCAAAAGCCGAGUUUUGAAAAACGGAGUUCAUUUUGGGAGACCAUCGGGUCAAUGGAAGCAUUUCGUUUAUUUCCACAGAAUCCGCAUUUUCGCCCACUUGAUACUCUUAACGAAAGUGCCCGUGAACGCCACGCAAUCUAUAAAAUGGUCGACUUCUCAGGUGUUUUCGAGAACAUGUGCCGUUUACGGCGUGAUCAUCCAAGAACCGAAUUCCAAGAUCAACUGGAGAUCCUUUUGGAACUGGAAACCCACGGGUUUGAUGUCCAUUCUUUAAGAAGCCGUUUGAUGGAAAUGCUUUCCUGCAAGGACAAACGAGAAGCACUUGAAACGGGGUCAAAAGAUCCCGAAGAUCAUCUUGAGAUCGAGUGUGUUAAAGUUCAAGAACGCAAGAUACACAUCAUGUUGAUUGAUUGUCAGAUUAAUGAAUUGCGUGAGAAACGUGAACGACUUGUGAAAGAAAACGAGGAGAGUACGAUGAAUAUAGCUGCUUGGGAAAAAGAAGUUGCAGAAAUUGAAGAAGCGAAGUGCGAAUGUGAUCGCAAAUUCUAUGAAUUAGCGAAUGCUCGUUAUUAAAGAUUAGUUUGUUAGAGAUGUGAAGAGGUUUUGGAUGAUUAGUUUAUAGUAGUGGUAAUCAAGUACUUAAAGGCCUGACAUGGUUUUUUGAAUAGUAGUAAUCCAUGUGGCCAUAUCUUUAGACCAGAUUGAUCCAACAUUGGUUAAAUGAGUCAAAAGUCGCUAAACAUGUAUUCGGAGCAAAUUGUGUUUAUUCAACAUUGGUUAGCACUU